CCAUAUGGUCAAUUAUUGACCGACCAAUCACUGUCAAUUAUAUGACUAUGAGAAACAAAAUCAAAAUUUUAUUGCACUUUUGAGACAUUCGAGAUUCAUGUAGCAGAGAGUUGGAUACUUUGAAUAGCUGUGGACCACUAGGAUGGAAUAAAGACUGGAGCGAUGACUUUCUGAGUAAGGACUACAGAAGGGAAAAGGAUAGUGAUACAUGCAGACUCUGCUUGGAUACAGGAUUCCUCAAGAUGCUCACCAGCAUGCAGAUCAAAGAGGAAGAUGAGGAGAACUGGGUGAAAUCGAGCUCGUCAAAUGGCCAGUCAUCUCCCAAGGGACAGAAGCAAUCAUUCCCGACUUAUCGUCACAUCACCAUAGAAGAGAAGCCAGCGAGCCCAAACGGAGAUGUUCCGUCAGAAAGUAAUCUGCCAAACUCUAAACAUGAGGAGAUUCUCAAAUGGUCCAAGUCCAUCCCGCAGACACUCGACGUGGAGAAGAAACUCAAGUCAUCCCCCAAAGGUGGCAACAAUGUCAAGCUAUUCUUUUUAUCAAACGACGGCGAUUUGUUUUCUGGUGGGACAUCGAAUCUAGGAGUACAAGGCCUGAAGACUUCUAUGCCAGGGGCACGCAUGUGUCGAAGUGCUGACCCCAGACUGACACGAGGGACUUCUGGGGUGGGUAGGAGGGGGACACCGAGGGCUGCAGAAACGAGAACGCAGAAACCAGCUCACUGGGGCAAGGAUUCUUUUCCUAGGACACCUGGGAGAGAUCCCAAGAUAUCUGUGAAUGAUAUGCACCAAGUUACAGGCAACUUGGUCAACUCUUCUAUUUACUAUUCUGCGGAGAGAAAGAAUGCUGCUGAUAGCAGAUCAAAGGGGGUGCCACUGAAGAGCGCUUGGGGCAAGGAACCAAUUGCAGUUUCUGCGGUGAAGCAGGAGAAUGAAACUAAACAGACUUUACAAAGUGCUUCCCACAGUGUUCUAGGGAACAUGAGGCGCCAGUCACAACGAAGUUCGGGGGUGAUGCGUCCAUGGACAACGUCAAGUCGGAUAGGGGAUCACGCGGAGUGUACGAGAUCAUUAUCCAAUGCGUUAUUGAACGUGUUAACCAUAGACGAUUGUCAGCUACGCCACAUGUACCGUGAGCGUGUCCGGUUAGGUGGCUCAAGAGCUAGAGUUGGUAGCUCUCAUUCUAGAAGAGGUAGUCGACCCCAGAGCUCCAAGACCGAGAGUGGCAUAUUUGAUCUCAAGUCGGUCUCUAGUGGUACUUCUGAGCGUCGUAGGAACAAUCGUAUUCGGAGUACAGAGGAAGCGUUAGCGGAACACAUGUCAGACAAUACAAAAGGUGACUACGAUCUUCCCCCGGAAUUACUGAUUCUGCUGGAGGAGCAUGUGGACUACCCAAGUGAAGCAGUCCAGAGAGGAUUUGCGGCGCUUCUAGAUAAAGGUGUCAUGAAUAACACAAGUAGAACUGGACUUUAUAAGUAUGACAAGUCGUGUAAACGCAAACUCGCCUGCGGUAAAGGCACUGAUUUGUUCAUGCGUAUGAAGGCGAUGUUGAGGUACCAUAUGUUGGUAGACGAGACGUCACCGUCCAGACUCCGUAUGACGAAAGCGCUCAAGAUGCAUCAUGGUGAACGAUACCAGGAAUCUGUGUUUGAGAGUGAGACUGGGCGGUUAGAGAAUCUAACUGAGGUGUCUGAUGCUACGGAGUGAGGUUGAGUUUUAGAACACUGCAUAGCUGCCAACCCUGAAAUACCCCCAAAUACAUGUAGAAAAAUCAACCAAAAGUCACUUUGACUAUCAAAGGUGCAACACAGUUUAUGAUGAUUAUCAAUAUUUCAGAACCAGUAUUUCAUUUUGUGAAUUUAGUUAAUAGUAUUGAAGGAAGGUUAUUUGUCAAAUUUCGAUGAAACCACGACCAAAUAGUAAUGGUUUGCAGCUGUGACACUGACACUGCACCAGCCCUCCCAAUAAUGAUCCUUACGUGCCAAAACUGAUGCCCCCUAUUUAUUUUUGUUGUAACUAAGCAUGCAUUAGAUAUCCUGUACCUUGAGCCAUAGCUAGCGUUUCAUGUGUUUUACAUCCAUGCUUUUUUUUAUUUCGUAGUUACCUCCAACCUUGUGCAGAUGUAAACAAUAGAGAGGUUCAGAUUUAUAUCCAAGAAUGAGGUGUUUUUUUCUGUGGUUAACGUCUUCAAAUCAACUUGAUUGUUUUGUAUAAACAGUAGAACCUCUCUAUUAAGGACACCCUUGGUACUGACAAGUGCUGUCCUUAAUAGAGAGGUGUCCUAAUCAGAGAGGUCAAAUUGAAAGGAAACUACCAAUUUGGGAUCAAAACUAGUGUCCUUAAUAGAGAGAUUGUCUUUAAUAGAGAGGUGUCUGCUAAGGGAGGUUCCACUGUAGUUUCUAGGACGCUCUGUUUCAUAGUAUUUCUGAAAGCAUUCAAUGUUAUAUAAAAGUCGUCAAAAUUCCACCUCAUUCAAGUUUCAAAAUCAGAACCUCGCUAAUACUGUUACCCUGUAGUAGAGCAUUCUUCAUAGUCUUUUGGAUGAGAUGUGAAAUAAUGAAAGCAAGAGAAUGAGUCGGCCAUGGGGUUGACAGUAUUUUUAAAAUCUGUCGCGGAAAUAAAGAAACAAAUGCCUCAAAUGACUUGUUCAUUAA